AAAAAAAACAUUGUUAAUGGACUAGAAGGUUUUCAGAUGGCUGGAACAAUUGUGGCCAGAAGUUGUGACUUAAAAAUCAAAUAAAUACAAAAGUGCAAACGAAACAAAGCAAUCAAGAAUCUUCUAUUUCUCCAAUUGAUCAAAACCCGCGUACUUCCUUUUCUCAGAUUCUAUACAAAAAAAGAUCUCUUUUGUUUUCUCAGCUUGUCCCACUUGGGGGUUCUGAUUCUCUUCAGCACUGGAACCAUUUCUAUAUCAAAUCUUGUCUUUAUGCUUGAUUUUAUGUUCUGUUGGAGAAUCUUCAUGAUCUGGGUAUUCUUCGAUUCCUCAAGUAAGUUGCUUCUGAUGUGUUAAAUACCAUUGACUUUUGUUCAUGUGUAAAGUUGUUCUAUGGUCAUAGGUCGUGAAAUUUAGACUUUUUUUUUAAAAAUAAUAAUUGCGGGAAUUUAUGCUGUGGACAAUUAAUUGAUGGAUUAUGAUCUGGAGUUUGUGCUUCAGUGAAUAUAUACUUGAAUGAAUCAAUAACAAUCACAAAAUCUCAAUUUUGAAUUGAGAAUUUUGUGAAUUGGUUGUGUGUCAGGGGAAUUAGAUUAAAUUUGUGGAAAUAUGAUUGUUUUGUUCGAUUAUUGAGGCUUUUUAGUCCAGAAAAUGUGAGGGUUUUUUGGAAGUACUUUUCAUAGAGGGUUAGGAUUUGCAUUAGAUUAUCAUCUAGUCUGGUUUGGGAAGUGAAAGAAAACAUGGAUGAUGGUGAAGUAGAGCUUUCUGACCAGCAUGGUUUGUUACUGAAUCCCGAUUCGUCUACAAAUACUCAUCAGCCAUCAUCAUCAUCUAUAGAUUCAGUUCUUGAUGAAUUCUUGAAGAACACAAGAACAUGCACUCACACUCACACUUGCAAUCCUCCUGGCCCUGGCCCUGACACAUCACACACACACACAUGCUUCCACACCCACACCCAAGUCUUUCCAUCAGGAGAAGAUGACGAUCCGCCACAAGGUGAAGAUCAUCUGGUGCCAAAACCUCGGAGGGCUUCGGGCAACAGAGAAGCGGUACGGAAAUAUAGGGAGAAGAAGAAGGCACACACUGCUUACUUGGAAGAGGAAGUCAAGAAAUUGAGACUCUUGAACCAGCAGUUAAUCAGGAAACUGCAAGGGCAGGCAAUUCUUGAAUCUGAAAUCUUGAGGCUGAGAGGCCUAUUGCUUGAUCUUCGAGGCAAAAUUGAUGAGGAAUUGGGUGUUUUCCCUUUCCAAAACAAGUGUGAUCCGACAGCUACUUUCAAGGAAGGCGAAUGUGGGGUCCAGUCUAAUGGAACUGCAAUGGCCCUACAAUGCGAGAAUGAUGUUCCGUGCUUUCAUCCUCAUCUGGAUAUACCAAUGCAGGGCGGUAGUGUUGUUGGUAAUGGGAAGAUGGCAGUUUCUUGGGAAGAAAACUGUCAACCGGCAAUUAUUGACUGUCAAGCUAACACAAAUGGUGUAGUUAGUGCUAAUGGAUGUCCCAUUGAUGCAAUGGAAACCUUGGUGUCAUCGGCAUCUCAAGCUGAACAACUGAACGAAAAAGAUACCAUCGCGUUGUAAGUUUCUCAAAUGCUUUGACUUUCCUAUUCUGAUACACUAGGCUUAAUUUCAGAAAACAGUAAUAGAACUUGGCUAUAAAUGGUGAGAUUGAUGGUUCUGUAUAAUAUAGCACUUUGAGAAGGUUGAAUGUCGCUGUAAUAAUAUAUACAUAUACGUACAUGUUAACAUAACUCUACUCUAGCAGAGAAUUUAUAAAAUUUUACUAUUUAUAUGAACACAGCAUGUAAAUAGAACUGCUGCAUUUAUUUUGACUA